AUGGGAGAACUACAGAAGCAAUUGCAAGAUCUAUCUGACGAGUUCCAGAAGCUGCAAGGAGAACUUCAAACCGCAGUCGACGCCCGCCAGAAGCUCGAGUCCCAGCAGCAGGAGAACAGAGGCGUCCAGAAAGAGUUCACCUUAUUGUCCGACGAUGCGAACAUCUACAAACUUGUGGGUCCGGUGCUCCUAAAGCAGGAGAAGUCGGAGGCGGUCAUGGCAGUUGAUAGUCGUUUGGAUUACAUUGAGAAGGAAAUCAAGCGCAUCGAGAAGCAGAUCAGCGACAUCCAGGAGAAGAGUGAGAACAAGAAGCUUGAGAUUUUCCAGCUGCAAACGCAGAUGCAGCAGCAGCAGCAGCAGCAGCCGGUCCAAGCCGCCGCCUGA